AUGAAUUUAAUCUCUUAUAAUAUUAGGGGGGGCGGGGCACUAUCAAAGAGAAAAAGAAUCAGUGUUCUCUUAAAAGUUAGUAAGGUGGAUUUGUGCUUUAUUCAAGAAACUAAGUUGCCUUGUUUCAAUGACAAUUUAGCUAGUUCUUUGUGGGGUGGAAACGAGGUAGAGUGGACAUCGUCUAAUUCGGAAGGGGCAUCGGGAGGAAUGGUCGUCUUGUGGAAGAAAGGCUCUUUGAAUGUCAAUUACAUUUUUAGAGGUCACGACUUUAUAGGCAUAAACAUAAGGAGGGAAGGCUUAAUCUAUAAUUUGGUGAACAUUUAUGCACCUUGUAGUGGGGUGUCUAGAAGAGUGCUUUGGAAGGAGUUGCUUGAUAGGAGGUCAAAAGGCGGGAACGAGGAGUGGUGUUUAGGAGGUGAUUUCAAUGAGGUCACUAGUAGGGAAGAAAGAUUAGGAGUAGCUAUGUUUCACAACAGGUUGGGAAUGGAGGAGUUCAAGGAAUUUAUCGAGAGGAUGGGAGUGGUCGACAUUUCGUGCGUGGGUGGAAAGUUUACAUAG